AUGGGUGUCUUUAGCAGAAUCGCCCUCUCUGGCCUGUACAUCAACUUGGCCCUCGGCGCUGUCUAUAACAGCGUCGCGGAGCUCCCGACGGACGUCGAGUUCGACUUUAUCGUUGCCGGAGGUGGCACUGCUGGUCCUGUGAUUGCCAGCCGACUGGCUGAGAACCCCGACUUCCAGGUCCUCCUCGUUGAGGCCGGUGGAGAACGGUACCCCCUCAGCAACGAAGGCGAUAUCAACUUUGUGGUUCCCGGGUUCCAGCGCCGACUCUCCAGCAGCUACAACUGGGGCUUCCAGACCAUCGGCCAAACAGGACUCAAUGGACGAACCUUGAACUACGCCCGGGGCAAGGUUCUCGGUGGUAGCAGCUCUACUAAUGGUAUGGUUUACAACCGUGGUUCUGCUCAGGACUACAACCGAUGGGCCAACGUUACCGGUGAUGACGGAUGGAAGUGGGAGAACCUCCUUCCAAGUAUCAAGCGGGGAGAGAAAUGGGUCCUCCCUGCUGACGGCCGCAGCGUCGAUGGCGCCUACAACCCCGAUGCCCACGGCUACGACGGAGAACUGCUCAUCACCAACUUCAACACUCCACCUACCGACUUCGACAGGCGCGUCCAGGAUAACUUCAAUGAGGAGUUCCCCUUCUGCCUCGACGUCAAUGAUGGUAACAACAUCGGAGCUUGCCCAACCCAGUACACCAUUGGUUAUGGCGAGCGAAGCAGUGCUGCGACUGCCUUCGUCUCGACUGAGCACCGCAACCGCCCCAACUUCCAUGUUCUGCUGAACACCUAUGUCACCCGAGUCCUCGGUACUGGCGACAACGCGCUUGACUUCAGGACUAUCGAAGUCGCUGCCGACAGCGCAUCUCCUCGUCAGACCAUCGUUGCUUCCAAGGAAGUCGUCCUGUCUGCUGGAGCUUUCGGCUCCCCUCAAAUCCUUCUCAACUCUGGUAUUGGACCCAGGGAAGAACUCGAGGAAGUUGGCGUCGAGAGCGUUCUUGAUAUCCCCGACGUUGGAAAGAACCUCCAAGACCACCCCGCUUCCUUCGCCAUGUGGCUCGCCAACGGCCAGCCAUCGCCAGCUGUUGACGAAGCUGAGGCCUUUGCCCAAUGGCAGCAGAACCGCUCUGGUCCUUUGACUGAUCCCGGAUCACACUACAUCGUCUGGAGCCGAAUUCCCGCCAAUGCUUCCAUCUUCCAGGAAUACCCUGAUGACCAGACCGCCCCCGGCGCACCUCAUAUUGAGCUCGCUAUCUCUGGAAGCGGACCUACCGUCGCUGCCUCUGUCCUUCUCUUGAACCCCGCCUCCCGCGGAAGCGUCAAGAUCAGGUCCAACAACCCCUUCGACCCCCCCGUUAUCGACCUCGGCUUCCUCACCCACCGCUACGACAUCCUCGCCUUCGUUGAGGGUAUCCGAUCUGCCUGGAGAUACUUCGCUGGUGAUGGAUUCAAGGACCAUGUCGUCGCCCCCAUCACUGCCAACCCCGACACCACUCCUCUCGAGGAAAUCGAGCAGCAGCUCCGAAACGGUGUUGGUACCACCCUCCAUGUGUCUGGCUCUGUCGCCAUGUCUGCACGAGGUGCUUCCAAUGGUGUGCUGGAUCCGGACUUGAAGGUCAAGGGUGCUACUGGCUUGCGUGUUGCUGAUGCAUCCAUCAUGCCUUAUAUCACCACCGGCCACACUGUGGGCGCUGUCUACGUUAUUGGCGAGCGUGCUGCCGAUAUCAUCAAGGCCGACUGGUCAUGA